CGCAAAGGGAAGGGGGACUAAAUGAGAAAACAAGAGCAGCGCGAGUAAAUCUAAGCAAAAUUCACAGAAAAAAAGAAUUAACACAGUAGAACAAGAGGAGGUAGAGCCCUGUCAUGCAUGUGUUUAAGGUGUGGGGUGUGCUCUGUGUGCUCAGCGCUGCUGGUUCGUCUUUAUGUGUGACUGAGAUUGAGGACGAUGACGGCUUUGCAGAGAGCUACGGCAACGAGAUUUCUCUGGACCAACAGCAGGAGUCAUCAAACACACCGUACCAUGCAGGCCUCUCCCACUGGGACAAGCUUUUCAUCGCUCUGGAGGACUCCCACAUGAGGCAGAACAUGCUGCUGGAGUCGGCGGAGCGGUGCUGCGGAGGAAUGGUGCCUCUGAGGAGCCAGCUGGACAAGCUCCUCAGGGGGGCGUCGCAGCAGAGCUCGCCGGGUCAGGGGUCAGCGUGCAGGGCGCAGGCGGAACGCGAGGCUCUCGGGCUGCACCGCGGCCUGGCAGAGCUCCGCCGGGACGGGGCAGAGAUGGAGAGGAGAAUAAACGCCACCUUGCAGGCGAUCCUGCGCGGCAGACACGAGGAUGCGGCUCGGCUGAGUCGUCUCGAGGAGGCCGCGUCAGAAAGCAGGAGCGGCGGCAGCGAACACCAGCCGACUCAGAGGCCCGGAGGUUCGGGCAGAGCGUUUAGCUCGGGGGCGAAUUCAUUCCUGUCCGAGCUGGAGGGGCAGGAUUUGUCCUCACAGGUGGACCUGGAUAUGAUAAGAGGCUCUCUGGUCGUCAUAGCGAGAGACGUGCAGAGGGUUUACCUGCAGCUGAGCACGGCCAUCGAGCAGGUGGGAACUCUGAGCAAGGGCAGAGGAGACACAUGAACUGCCUGCAAAAUAACUAUAUGCACAGCAAAAAAAAAAAAAAAAACUGGCAUUUUGCUUACUUUUUGUUUUUAUAUAUAUAUUUAUAUGUCUAAGAGGUUGUUUUUGUUAUACACGAGCUUGUAUUUUUCUGCUGAGUACAACUCUGAUACGCCAUUAAGAAUCGUGUGGGCUUGCUGUAAUGAAUAAAAGAAUCAAUUA